CUGAGCACAGCCCCGCCCGCAGAGAGCACUGGAUGCGUUUCCCUUUUUGGCCCCUCUCCGAUUCCAGAAGGCUGGUUUCCCUUGACUUUGCUCUUGGGGGUGUCACAGUUUUCAGCCCCAUGCCUUAGAGUGAACUCGUCUUCCAGCAAACCCAGUGCACUUUCCUCUGCUGCAUUUUGCUCCAUUUUCCCCUUACAUUUUUUUCAGAUUUUUUUCCCUUUUCAUUUUAAUGAAUCCCUUAAAACAAGAGUAAAACUUCAACCUAAUGAGCUGAUUAACGCUUAUAUAAUCCUCUAGGACUGUUAAAUCAGGCUCUCUUUGCCAGAAGGGGGAAAACAGGAAUCUAUUUUUCAACUCCCCUUCUCCCCCAGCAAAGGUUCUGUUUUAUUUGCCAUAGAAGUUUCACUGAGCGACCAGUUCCACUGGGCAACCUGGAAGCUUGACAGACUCAGUGACUCUAACCUCAAGCCACAGGUACAAAUCCAAAGCUAAAGCUCCACAAUCAAAUGAAAAGCUCUUUUGCCAGCUCUCCUGUGGAUAUUUCAGUGCUGGGAGCAACUCCACAGCAGCGUCUUAGGUAAAUGCUAAAUCUUUCCAAGGCUGCAAGGACUCUUCCAAUCACUUUCUAAAGCCUCGAUCAGUUGCAGACCAGAUUCCCCGUAAGGGGAGUGACCUCCGGACCGCUGGAUCCAAGAGCGUGACAGUCAAUUACAGAAGUACACACGUUAGCAACUAGUGGUAACAGCAGCCCAUUAAUCACUGUUUAUAUUUGAGAUCCAUGCAGCUCUAGAAGUAUUUGGAAUCCUGGAGUAUUUUUUUGUUGCUUGGGGUUCUUUCUGAGAACAAGGCUCUUCCAGCAGGAUCAUGACUUUUGCUGAAUUCUUGCACCAGGUGGGUGGCAUGGGACGUUUUCAAAUUAUCCACACAACGCUGCUCACCAUCCCCAUCGUGCUGAUGGCCAGCCACAACCUCUUGCAGAACUUUACCGCUGCCAUCCCAGGGCACCACUGCCAAAUCCGUAUCGAUGGCAACAACACCCGCUACUCUAAUGCUACCCUGCACCUGGACUCCCAGGACCUUCUCCGGGUCUCCAUCCCCAUGGACAGGAACCAACAGCCAGAGAAGUGCCACCGCUUUGUCAGCACUCAGUGGCAGCUCCUAGACCCCAAUGCCACCCAGCCCAAUGGAACUCAGCUGGCCACAGAGCCCUGCAGGGAGGGAUGGACCUAUGACAGGAGCAUCUUCACCUCCACCAUCAUUACUGAGUGGGACCUCGUGUGUAACCUGCGGAGGCUCCGGCAGAUGGCUCAGUCGAUCUACAUGGCUGGGGUGCUGGUGGGAGCGCUUGUGCUCAGUGGUCUCUCUGACAGGACUGGACGCAAGGCAAUGCUCAUCUGGUCCUUUCUGCAGCUGGCCGUGAUGGGGACCUGCACGGCCUUCUCCCCCAAUUACAUCUCCUACUGCAUCUUCCGCUUCCUGGGUGGGAUGGCGCUGUCUGGCUUCGGGCUCAGCAUCGCCUGCCUGAUUGUGGAAUGGAUCCCCACCCAGUUCCGCACCAUCACCGUUGCCAUAUCAGGGUUUGUCUACACCCUGGGCCAGCUCCUGCUGGCAGGCUUGGCAUAUGGCAUUCCAGAUUGGCGCUGGCUACAGCUGACUGUGUCUUUGCCUUUCUUCCUCUUCCUCUUCUAUUCCUGGUGGCUUGCAGAAUCUGCCCGCUGGCUGGUUCUGGCUGGUAAACCUGAUGUAGCUGUGAAUGUGCUCCAAAGGGUCGCCAGAGUGAAUGGGAAACAGGAAGAAGGGGAGAAGAUUACCACAGAGAUUCUAAAAUCCAACAUGCAGAAGGAACUGUCAACAGUGAAGUCCUCCUACACUGUCUCAGACCUGGUGCGCACACCCGCCAUACGUCACAUAUUCUGCUGCCUCUCAGUUGUGUGGUUCUCUGCCAGUUUCUCCUAUUAUGGGCUGGCCAUGGACUUGCAGAACUUUGGCGUCAGCAUCUAUGUGAUCCAGUUGAUUUUUGGAGCCGUCGACUUCCCAGCCAAAGUGGUGGUCACCAUCUCCAUGUCCUACAUUGGGCGCAGGGUCACACUCUCAGCCUGCCUCAUCCUGGCAGGGAGUGUCAUCAUUGCCAACAUCUUUGUGCCCAGAGAGUUGCAGAUGGUGCGCACGUCGCUGGCUGUGAUUGGGAAGGGAUGUCUUUCAGCCGCCUUCAAUUGCGUGUUUCUGUUCACAACUGAGCUCUACCCCACCCCGAUCAGGCAGACGGGACUGGGCUUUGGCAGCACCAUGGCCCGGGUAGGAGGUAUUGUGGCUCCCUUGGCCAAGAUGUUGGAUGAAUACGUCUCCUUCCUGCCGCCAGUCGUCUAUGGCCCCGCCCCCAUCCUCUCCGGUAUUGCGGCCUCCUUCCUCCCGGAGACGCUCAACCAGCCACUGCCAGACACUGUUGAGGAGGUGGAGAGCAGGUCCCACAAGAAGAGGGCUGAGGCCUCCCAAGAGAAGAUUCCGCUUCAGACCCCGGAGCAAGUCAUGCUCAAAGAGACUUGAGGACGGUGCUCAGACCCAGAGUCCUUCUGGGUUCAUUUGGGUAGGGGGGAGGGCAGCAGCUCAGUUCCAAAUAUCCCCUAUCUAAUCACACACUGCUCCCAGUCAUCCCCAUGUCCCUUGAGACCCACACCCAGGGUGGCUUUUUGCACACAAGGAUUCUGGGUAGGAGGCAUUAAAUUUACACCGCAGUUUGAGGGAAGGGGUUUCCAGAGAGAAACCUACUGGGAAAGGAACCUGCGGGCUGGUUCAAAACUCUCAGGAACAUUCAGGAAAUACCUCCCCACUCCCUUCCAGGCUAACUAAUGCUUGGAGUACACCAAGGAGCACAACGAGGCCCUUCAUCUCCUGUGUGGCAGCCUUCUGUAAUGCAACCCGUUCCCCCGCUGCUAAGAAAGGAGACAGGGACAAGCUCACACCAAACCUCCUUCAUGCCCAGUAGCCCAGGGGAUGGCACAGGGGCUAGCUAACAUAACUCAGCACUGACACAGAUAGCGUUACUGUGUCAUGUGGCUGAUGCCCAGCUGCACGGCCUGGCUGGCUGGCACCUUACACCUGACCAUUAUUGGGGGGCUACCGAGGGAGGAGGCACAGGAGAUACAGACCCUAGUGGAGUGUACAGCAGCCCAGAGUCCAGUGUUUUCUGCAAAUGCAACCUACUGCUUGGCACCUGCCUGCCACAAGAAUGGGGGAUAAAGAUCAAAGCCUUCCCUGGGAAUGCAGCAGGGAUGAAUCUGUCCCAAAGCUUGUGUUUCAGCCUACGCACUGGAGAAAACAAGCCUUUCUAUAGCGGGGAGCAGACAUGGCCGUGCAAUAAACACACAGUCAUUUCACAGCACAAUGUCUUGUGAUUACUUAAUCUCCGAGCCCAGGGCUGGUCUGGUGAGAUGCAACAAAUAAGGGAGAAAAGACACACAAGGUAAAAUUUCCUCUCUGCUCCUACUCAGUCCCCUUCCUUAUUUAUAUAGCCAAAGAUCGCAUUGGCUCUUUAGGUCCCAGCAUUGCACCAGGAGCGCAUGUUAUAAUUUAGAUUAUUCACAAGAAUGCACACAGCCCCGUUUCCCCGACAACAGAAGGUAAGAAUUCCCUACUCAGAAACCCCCACGUCUGCCCCACCAGCAGGCUCUGUGCCCAAGAAGCCCUGUCUCUCUGCAUCCUCUCCCACAACUGCUCCAGCCCACACAGGCUGCAAAACCAACCUCCUAGACCAUUGGGUCUCAAACUGGGGGGCGUGCCUCCUUUGGGGGUGGUGAAGAAAUUCCAAGGGGGGCAUGAGGUGACCCAGUCUCCCCUCCCUCCCCGUCAUUCCUCACCCACCCUAAGAAAGAGCCCGUGCUGGCACUACCUCCUGCAAAAAUGGAGUAGUGCUGGGCUCCUGCAGUGUGUGUGUGUGGGGGGGGGGAAGUCCCACAGCUGCACGCCAGGUCUGGGUUUCAGGAAGUGCGUGCUGCCAUGGGGAACAGAGGAGCAGGGCGUGCGCUGCCUGGGCAGCUGGAGCUGGCACGGUCCCAGGACCUCUACUCCCUCCCCCCUCGCAUAGGCAGGCAGCAGGGGGAAGGAAGUCAGGAAAUGUGCCGGCUUUUUCGGGAGGAGGAAAGCAGUGCACGUGCUUCCUGAAACCCAGACCUGGCGCGCAGCUGUGGGAUCCCCCCCCGGUACCAGCUGAGCUGUCCCUGUCCCCUCCCUCCACCCAGACCCCCAUGAGUACCAUGCCCCCCUGCCCAGUUCCUCAUGAGUACCCUGUCCCCUACCUAGACUCCCCACGAGUACCUGCUCCUCUGCCCUCCCUGCCCAGACCCCCACAAGUAUCCUGCCCAAGGUCCCACCAGCAACCUGCUCCAGGACCCAGCAACACCCUGCCCCCUGGCCAGGCUCCCACCUGCCCCCUGGCCAGGCUCCCACCUGCACCCUGCCUAG